GCCGAACAUGUCACGAGGUGUCCGUGGUCCAAAAUUCAUCAAGAUGCCUCAUGUUGAAGUUGAGCUUGAAUGGGAAAGAAGUUUGUCCAAAGAAUUCAAUGUCUUGACUGUGGGGAAAAUAUUUAGAGAAGGUUUUGAAUGUUUGGUGGUUGGAGGAAGCGAUGGACUUAUUACAGUGUAUGAAAUACCAAAGAAGACUGAUGAAUAUAAUGUUUCUCUCAAGGAGUUGAUAAAACUAGAAACAAAAGGAGGACCAAUCCAGGCAUUAUGUUUACAUGACAUUACAAAAUUUGGCUCUGUGGAUUUAAUUGUUGCCGAUUCCAGGGGAACAUUGACAUUCUUUGGCAAUAAACAAAUCUUGAAUAAAAUGACAAUGUCUGAGGGUUGUAUAGUCUCUGUGGCAAUUGAUGUUGAUACAGCCCAAAAUAUGUCUAUAGUGGCGGGAGACAGCAAAGGCAACAUUAUGGGUUGUUUACCUCACUUUAUGCAAUGGAGAUUACGACUUAAUGAUCUAAUGACAUCAUCAAACAAGGGUGCUGCCAUGGCAACAGUGACAUCUCUUCUACCAAUCAAAUUGCCUACAAGCUCAGCUGUUAUUGGUAACUAUGUUUUAGUUGCUGAUAGCAACCAAACCCUUCACGUCCUUCAAAAUGGAGUUCUUGUUCGAAAUCUUGAUAUGCCAUCAACAGUGAAUGCAAUGUGUGCAGGUUACUUUUUGGAAGGACUGGACACUGGUACUUCAAACUCUUCCCAUACCUCCAUGUUGAAAGGUGACAGUGUUCAACAAAUCUCACUAGGAAUGGAGGAUGGUAGGAUUUUUAUAAUGAGUAAUUUUGGUCUAACAUUGUAUGCUAAUAUUAAAUUGACUGUGACAAAUAUGGCUUGCUGCCCUUCGUCAACUUUAGAUAUGUUAUUCUGUUGUGGUUAUUUUAACUCCUUGUUAAUUUACCAUUGUGGAAUUCUGCUACACAAAAUCCAGACAAAUGACUGGAUUAACUCUAUUCACGUUGUGCAAAAUGAUGAAGAGGAUAAGCAUGAACAUUGUGUAUACGUGGGGAUACUUGACGGUUCUAUCCAAUCAUAUAGGGUUAGCAUGUUAACAAAUGUAUAGGGCUCAAUGCGAUGUGAAAAAUUAAUAUAUGUUCAAAGUGCAUGCAUUGUUGAGAGUUCUAAAAUGUAUAAUUUACAAUGUCACUUAAUGGGAAAAGUUCGUUUGUAUUUUGGAAUAUUUAACCGAAAAUGGCGUCAAGUGUUUUGCAUUGUAAUUAGAAAUAAAAUUCUACCAAAAUUGA